UUGAAAUACAACUAUAUUUGGAAAAGAUGUUCAAAGGAUUAUUUAUCUGUUCACUAAUUGCUGUGAUCUGUGCAAAUGCACUGCCACAACCAGAGGCCUCUGCGGAUGAAGAUAUGGAUGAAAGAGAGGUCCGGGGAAUUGGUAAAUUUUUGCAUUCAGCGGGCAAAUUUGGAAAAGCUUUUGUGGGAGAGAUAAUGAAGUCAAAACGAGAUGCAGAAGCAGUAGGACCAGAGGCCUUUGCAGAUGAAGAUUUAGAUGAAAGAGAGGUCCGGGGAAUUGGUAAAUUUUUGCACUCAGCAAAAAAAUUUGGAAAAGCUUUUGUGGGAGAGAUAAUGAAUUCAAAACGAGAUGCAGAAGCAGUAGGACCAGAGGCCUUUGCAGAUGAAGAUUUAGAUGAAAGAGAGGUCCGGGGAAUUGGUAAAUUUUUGCACUCAGCAAAAAAAUUUGGAAAAGCUUUUGUGGGAGAAAUAAUGAAUUCAAAACGAGAUGCAGAAGCAGUAGGACCAGAGGCCUUUGCAGAUGAAGAUUUAGAUGAAAGAGAGGUCCGGGGAAUUGGUAAAUUUUUGCACUCAGCAAAAAAAUUUGGAAAAGCUUUUGUGGGAGAAAUAAUGAAUUCAAAACGAGAUGCAGAAGCAGUAGGACCAGAGGCCUUUGCAGAUGAAGAUUUCGAUGAAAGAGAGGUCCGGGGAAUUGGUAAAUUUUUGCACUCAGCAAAAAAAUUUGGAAAAGCUUUUGUGGGAGAAAUAAUGAAUUCAAAACGAGAUGCAGAAGCAGUAGGACCAGAGGCCUUUGCAGAUGAAGAUUUAGAUGAAAGAGAGGUCCGGGGAAUUGGUAAAUUUUUGCACUCAGCAAAAAAAUUUGGAAAAGCUUUUGUGGGAGAAAUAAUGAAUUCAAAACGAGAUGCAGAAGCAGUAGAUGACAGGAGAUGGGUUGAAUAGUUUCAGCAACAGAAAAACAUCACUGAAGAACAAUGAUUCCCCUGAAAAUGUGUAAACGGCUGAAAUGAUUCUGAACAUAGUAGUGCUGAAUAAAAAGAAGAUCCCUUAGAUAACCUAUACCUACAGUAUAUAUACCUACAAAUAAACUGAGCAUCACAAU